AUGGCUUGUUCACCCACGUUUGGCAGUUCUAAAGGAGAUGAAACUUUCAUUUCAGAGGAGAUAGGAUGUCAUUCGCUGUCACCGGUGGGAACUUCCAGAGAUGAUUUCGGUGGUUCGGUGGCUGUCGCUGGAGACUCGAUGUGGACGUCCUCCACUUUGGGGACCUCAAUAACAACAUGUGUCUCAUUCUCAUCAACAAACUCGACAUUGGAGGAAGGAGGCACCUCAUUCCUCAAUGCUGCUAGUGAUUUGAUGAUAGCAUCUACGUUGAUGUUAUUGGCUUUGACGCCAAGGGGUGACACAGGUGGGGAUGCCGGCGCGGGUUUGGAUGAUUUGGAGGGUGAGGGUAUUGGUGGUGGUGGGGAUAAUGGCGCGUAUGGGGAUGGUGGCAUUUGUGGGGAUGCUGGCGUUGAUGGAGAUGGUGGCGCGGGUGGGGAUGGACUUGAUUGUCUCUUUAUUUUGCCCUUUUGGGAAAUUUUCUUCGGGGUGUCUUCUAGGGGAUCAUCUUGUGUUUUCAUAGACCAGUCACUCUCCUUAUUAUUGGUCACUGGUUGUCAGAAACCUGAGCUUCACCUAAAGUUCGAAGGGACAAUGGUGGCCUUCGUCUAG